AGAGAGGGAGGGAGCAUGGCAGCCAGGGAGGAGCGGGCCAGGAGUCGGAAGGAGUCCCGAGGGGGCCCUUCCCGCCGGGGAGUGGCCCUGCUCCGCCCAGAGCCCCUGCACCGGGGGACAGCAGACACCCUCCUCAACCGCGCCAAGAAGCUGCCUUGUCAGAUCACCAGCUACCUGGUGGCCCACACCCUGGGGCGCCGGAUGCUGUACCCCGGCUCCGUGUACCUGCUCCAGAAGGCCCUCAUGCCUGUGCUCCUGCAGGGCCAGGCCCGGCUGGUGGAAGAGUGUGAUGGGCGCCGGGCAAAGCUGCUGGCCUGUGAUGGCAACGAGAUUGACACCAUGUUUGUGGACCGGCGGGGGACAGCUGAGCCCCAGGGACAGAAGCUGGUGAUCUGCUGCGAGGGGAAUGCGGGCUUCUACGAGGUGGGCUGUGUCUCCACACCUCUGGAAGCUGGGUAUUCAGUCCUGGGCUGGAACCAUCCAGGCUUUGCCGGGAGUACGGGGGUGCCAUUCCCACAGAAUGAGGCCAACGCCAUGGACGUGGUGGUCCAGUUUGCUGUCCACCGCCUGGGCUUCCAGCCCCAGGACAUCAUCCUCUACGCCUGGUCCAUCGGCGGCUUCACUGCCACGUGGGCAGCCAUGUCCUACCCAGACAUUAGUGCUGUGAUCCUGGAUGCCUCCUUUGAUGACCUGGUGCCCUUGGCCUUAAAAGUCAUGCCAGACAGCUGCAGGGGCCUGGUGACCAGGACCGUGAGGCAGCACCUCAAUCUAAACAACGCGGAGCAGCUGUGCAGGUACCAGGGCCCUGUGCUGCUGAUCCGAAGAACCAAGGAUGAGAUCAUCACCACCACGGCUCCUGAGGACAUCAUGUCCAACCGAGGCAACGACCUCCUGCUGCAGCUCCUGCAGCAUCGGUAUCCCCAUGUGAUGGCAGAAGAGGGUCUUCAAGUGGUGAGGCAGUGGCUGGAGGCCUCCUCGCAGCUGGAGGAAGCCUCGAUUUACAGCCGAUGGGAGGUAGAGGAAGACUGGUGUCUGUCUGUCCUCCGCUCCUACCAGGCGGAACACGGGCCAGACUUCCCCUGGAGUGUGGGGGAGGACAUGAGUGCACGUGAAAGGCAGCAGCUGGCUUUGUUUCUGGCCCAGAAACAUCUGCACAACUUCGAAGCCACACAUUGCACCCCGCUCCCGGUCCAGCACUUCCAGAUGCCCUGGCACCUCUAGGGACAGCCCUCUAAAGUCAGCACUGGGCCUCAUGCUGAAGGACUGGGUGGGAGGAGACCUGAGGACGGGCCCUCGUAUUUGUGAUUCUGUGUUCAUGUUGCUGUUUAGUUUGUGGAGCGUGGAGUCCACCCCCUUUUCACUGUUCCUCUUGCAUGGUCCUUCAUCCGUCCUGCAGUACCUAACCUCCUGGCACAUCUGCUUUAAAUGAAUGGACUUUUCCUAAUAAUUAAUAAAAAGGUAUUUUUUCUA